AUGUCGCUCGGACUCUCCAAAAAUGUUGCUGCACUCGUGUCAGAUCCUUCAGACAUACACUUAAGAGAUAUUAGUGGCAUAAUUAAGCCCAACAGACUGACUUUGCUUUUGGGACCUCCUACUUCUGGAAAAACAACUUUGUUGUUAGCUUUGGCUGGAAAGCUUGAUCCUACUCUUAAGGUAAUGUUUUUUGUUCCUGUACUUACUAGGAGGGAUAUUGUUAGAAAUGAGAUUAUUCGAGAUGGUGGGCGUGGCUUCAGUGGAAGACAAGGCGUGGGAAAUGAGGUUGAAAUGGUUUGGGCAUGUGAUGAGGCGGAGCACAGCUUGCUAUGGAUGGUUUCAGACGGGGUAAGUGGAAAGGUGACAUAUAAUGGAUAUGAAGUACAUGAAUUUGUGCCACAAAGAACAGCAGCUUAUAUUAGCCAACAUGAUUUGCAUAUUGGUGAAAUGACUGCUGGAGUAACAGAAGGACAAAAAGCCAAUGUUGUUACAGAUUAUUUUCUUAAGAUUUUGGGACUAGACGUUUGUGCAGAUACUAUGGUGGGAGAUGAAAUGCUGAGGGGUAUUUCAGGUGGACAAAAGAAGCGCGUGACGACUGGUGAAAUGCUUGUUGGACCAUCGAAUGCACUUUUCAUGGAUGAAAUAUCAACUGGAUUGGACAGUUCCACAGCUUAUUCCAUCGUGAAUUCCCUAAGCCUGCCCCUGAGACGUAUAUCGGACGGGUACAUUGUGUAUCAAGGCCCUCGUGAUGCUGUGCUCGAGUUCUUUGAAUCCAUGGGUUUCAAAUGCCCAGAGAGGAAAGGCGUGGCCGACAUCUUGCAAGAAGUGACAUCAAAGAAGGAUCAACAGCAAUAUUGGUCGAGGAGGAACGAGCCUUAUAGGUUUAUCACAUCGAAAGAAUUUUCUGACGCGCACCUGUCUUUUCAUGUUGGGAGGAAAUUAGGCGAUGAGCUUGCAACACCAUUUGACAGGACCAAAUGUCAUCCUGCUGCUUUGACUAAUGAAACGUAUGGUAUCGGAAAGAAAGAGCUCUUGAAGGUUUGCGCUGAAAGAGAAUUUCUGUUAAUGAAGAGGAACUCGUUUAUUUACAUAUUCAAGUUCGCUCAGCUUAUAAUCAUGGCUCUUAUGACUAUGACCCUCUUUUUCCGAACUGAAAUGCCACGAGAUACAGUAGAUGAUGGAGGAAUAUACACUGGUGCUCUCUUUUUCGUGGUGGUUACGGUUAUGUUCAACGGGAUGGCUGAGAUGGCCAUGACAAUUUUCAAGCUUCCGGUCUUCUACAAGCAAAGAGACCUUCUCUUUUUCCCUUCAUGGGCUUAUUCAAUUCCGUCAUGGAUCCUCAAAAUCCCCGUAACACUUGUUGAAGUCGGUCUUUGGGUGAUCCUUACAUACUACAUCAUUGGAUUUGAUCCUAACAUUACGAGAUUUUUGAAACUAUUCUUGCUGCUCAUACUAGUAAACCAGAUGGUAUCAGGAUUGUUUAGAUUCAUUUGCGCGGUAGGAAGGACUAUGGGAGUUGCUAAUACAUUUGGAGCAUUUUCGCUUCUUUUACAGUCUGCAUUGGGUGGUUUUAUCCUUUCACGGGACGAUGUGAAGAGCUGGUGGAUUUGGUGUUACUGGAUCUCACCGAUGAUGUAUUCAGUAAACUCAAUCCUCGUGAAUGAAUUUGACGGGAAAAAGUGGAAACAUAUCGCGCCAAAUGGAACCGAGUCCCUUGAAGCUACAGUGGUGAGAUCUCGAGGGUUCUUCCCAGAUGCAUACUGGUACUGGAUUGGUUUCGGGGCACUUUUUGGAUUUACGGCUUUCAACUUCUGCUACAGUCUUGCACUGGCUUAUCUCAACCCAUUUGGAAAGCCGCAAGCGGUGAUACAAGAAGACGGUGAGGAUGCUGAAAACGGUCAAGCUGCAUCGCAGAUAACUAGUACGGAGGGAGGAGAUAUCGUCAGUGCGGUUCAGAAUAAGAAGAAGGGAAUGGUUCUUCCAUUCGAACCCCAUUCUAUAACCUUCGACGAAGUUGUGUGCUCUGUUGACAUGCCUCAGGAAAUGAAAGAACAAGGUGCCAUUGAGGAUAGAUUGGUACUUCUAAACGGUGUGAGUGGAGCUUUCAGACCUGGUGUUCUCACAGCUUUGAUGGGCGUUAGCGGUGCUGGUAAAACAACAUUAAUGGAUUUUUUGGCUGGAAGAAAAACAGGAGGAUAUAUUAACGGCGACAUCAAAAUUUCUGGAUACUGUGAGCAGAAUGACAUCCAUUCACCUUAUGUAACGGUGUAUGAGUCCUUCGUUUACUCAGCAUGGCUGCGUUUAUCCAAGGAUAUUGACGAAAAAUCUAGAAAGAUGUUUGUUGAUGAAGUUGCGGAACUUGUUGAGCUUGGACCUUUAAGAUCGGCCUUAGUCGGUUUGCUAUGA